AUGAGGCCCGAAGGUCUGUGCUGGACCUUGGUGACCACCCCGCCGUUCCCGGCUCCCAGCUCCGAGAUCCUCUCGAAAUCAUCAUCCUUGAGCUCCCCGACCUUGGCCUUCUGGGUGAGAAAGGCUUCCAGCCGCUUCUUCUGCUGCUCGUCGAGUUCUAGCUCCUCGAGCUUCUUCUGGAGGUCCACCAAGUUCGCCCUGCAGAGACCCCAAGGGCAAGGCGCGCGGGGGCAGGCUGGGAGCUCCUGGGGACUAUUUCAGCAUCUUUUGGGGGUGGUGACAGCGCCAGAGAGGAGCAGGCAAGCCCGGGCGCCCCGUGGGCUGAGCCUCCAGCGCGAAGCAGAGCUGCUGGCGCCCCUGUAUGGGGAUUUAGCGGCUGGAAAGAUGGCUUCCUCCACCGGUCCGCUGGGCCCCAUCGACAGCCUGGAGCUCCUGGACCUCCUGUUCGAUCGGCAGGACGGUGUUCUGAGGCACGUGGAGCUGGGCGAGGACCAGCAGGUCCUGCCAGCUCCGGACUCUGAUGAGCUCCUCAACUCCAUCCUGGCUUCUGGAGACUCGGUGGCCAGCUCCCCGCUCUGGUCUCCCGCGGCCAGCGACAGCAGCGUCUCCGAAGAUCUGCCCUCCGACCCCCAGGACAGCCCUCCAUGCAGUGGCCCGGCUGCCACCCACGUGGGCUGCCAGAGCGUGGAGCCUGGCAAGGGGCCCUGGCCCUCCUACCGUCUUGGACCCCCCGGCCCUGCCAGGCCCCCAAGGCCGGUGACUCAAAUGCUCGGGGCCUCUGUGACCAUUGACCUGGAAAUGUGGAGCCCGGGCCUGCACCCUGAGGAGCAGGCCGACUCAGGCCCGCACUACAAACUCACAGUCAAGGACCUUCUCCUCUCGGGCAGCGGCGGGGACCUGCAACAGCAUCGUCUGGCAGCUCCCUACCUCUUGCGACCUGGGACUGGACACUGCCAGGAGCUGGUGCUGACAGAGGAUGAGAAGAAGCUGCUGGCCAAGGAAGGCAUCACUUUGCCCACCCAGCUGCCCCUCACCAAGUAUGAGGAGCGGGUGCUGAAAAAAAUCCGCCGAAAAAUCCGGAACAAACAGUCGGCCCAAGAAAGCCGGAAAAAGAAGAAGGAAUAUAUUGAUGGUCUGGAAACUCGGAUGUCAGCCUGCACCGCCCAGAACCAAGAGCUUCAGAGGAAGGUCUUGCAUCUCGAGAAGCAGAACCUGUCCCUCCUGGAGCAGCUGAAGAGACUCCAGGCCAUUGUGGUCCAGUCCACCAGCAAGUCAGCCCAGACGGGCACCUGCAUAGCCGUCCUGCUGCUCUCCUUUGCCCUCAUCGUCCUCCCCUCCAUCAGCCCUUUCACCUCCAACAAGGCCGAGAGCCCCGGAGACUUCGCAUCUGUGCGAGUUUUCUCCAGAACUUUGCACAACGACGCUGCCUCCCGCGUGGCCCCUGACACCACGCCCAGCUCUGAGGCCCCAGGCCCCUGGCCCCAGACUGGUGCACCCCAAGAAGGGUCUCCAGGCGGCCCUGGGUCAGACUGGCAAUCGCAGAACAUGCUGGCUCUGGAUAACUCGACGGAGAAGUUGGACAACUUGACCCUGGUCUCAGGCAACUCCUCGGAGGAGCUGAGUCGGGCGACCCUGCUGGACUGGGCCUCGCCCGAGCCAGCGUUCAGCCCGGGGCGCGCGGGGCUGGAGGCUGCCGGGCAGGAGCUGUGA